AUGAGCGUGGGUGAGCUGAAGGAUUGCAGUGUAUGGUUGAAGGGGCCUCCGUUCUUGAAGACUGGUAUCCUGCCCACUCCUGAGGACCACCACCCGGUUUCUCCAGAAGAUCCAGAGCUCAAGAAGACCGUCCUUAGAACCAAGGUGGAUGUUGUGCAGUAUGGGGACAUGGCACAUAGGUUUGAUUACUACUCCUCAUGGUUCAGGCUGAAGAGAGCUGUUGCCAUCUGUAAGAAUUACAUGGAGAAGCUGAGGCUCAAGGACCGAGAGAAGUACACUCCAGUGACCACUGAAGACCAACAGCAGGCAGAAACGAGGAUUCUCAGGUUCGUUCAACAGCAGUCCUAUUCUUCUGAGAUCGAGACACUGAAGAAGCAAAGGGAUGAAAAUUGGAAGGGAACGGUCAAAGGCAGAAGCAAUCUCUACUCAUUGGAUCCUUUUUUAGAUGAUGAGAUGGUCUUAAGAGUUGGAAGAGGAAUGACCUUGAACAGCAUAAGGCAAGCAGGUGUUUGGAUCAUACGGGCUAGAGUGGCUGUUACCUUGUUCAUCAUGAACUGCGUUGGAUGCCGUAAGCUCAGGGGUGCACCAUGUGGUCAGAAUAUGGCAGACCUGCCCAUUGAUAGAUUGGAGCCCGACGCUCCCUUCACUUAUUCCGCUGUCGAUUUUUUUUGGGUCUUUCCUGAUAAAGGGGGGGUGGCGCAGUACGUCAAAACGGUGGGGGUGCUCUUCAGUUGUUUGACAAGCCGUGCAAUCCAUCUAGAAACUGCCAAUUUCCUCACAACCGAUUUAUUUCUCAACGCUUAUAGGCGCUUUGUUUGUCGCAGAGGUUCUGUAGUAAAGUUGCGAUGUGACAGGGGGACCAAAUUUGUCGCUGGUCAAAAUGAGCUGACCGCCGCCCUUAGUGAGAUGGAUCAAGAUAAGAUAAGACAAGAGUUACUCAAAGAUGACUGCGAUUGGAUAAACUUUGACAUGAAUGUUCCCUGCGCCAGUCAUAUGGGUGGCGCUUGGGAGCACAUGAUCGGUUCCGCGAGAAAUGUGCUCAACGCGCUCCUCAAUCAACAUGGUCACCAGCUCGAUGAUGAGCUUUUGCGUACGCUAGUAACUGAAACUGAAGCGAUUGUCAACAGUCGUCCGUUGACUGUUAUAGAUACGCUGUCCGCUGAUCUAGAGCCAUUAGAGAGGUUGCGGACCGUCCCCAUUCCCACUCCCACUCCGAGGUGA